AUGUCGGACAACAACUCGCAGCAGCCUUCAAGAGCUCCGGAUGUCUUCAAAAUUGGAAAAACAGAAUAUGUGAGGUUUAAAGAAACAUACUUUUAUCCACGUCCUUAUCGAACCGAUAGAACUAAAAUUUAUCAAGAAAAGGAAGAUCCACGAACAGGAAAGUUAGCCUACUUUCAUUGGGGCUCCAAGCAAUUCCUUGCAAGUUAUUUGGACUUUCCUGAUUAUGUGUCAUUGGAGGAGCAAAGUGCAUCAACACCGACCACCAACAGUAACACAGCAAGCACCUCUGAUCCAUCAACACCUCCCUCAACACCUGUAACACCCUCAACACCCUCAACACCCUCAAUUCCUCCCGCUACUACUCCAACAACCACACAGCCUAACACCACCUCAGUCCCUCAGCAAGCAAAAGAAGACAAGGCUUCAUCAUCAUCAGCAUCGUCAUCAGAUCCAAACAGCAAGACUACAAAACCUCAAGAUCUAGCCUCCAAGAGCAAUGUAACAGCAACACAACAAACUCCAACUACUCCAGAAACCAGAAGCAAGGAUAUAUCUUUUCCAACACAACAACAACCUAUUACUACUACAAAGGAACAAACAGAGCAGCAGGGCAAGGAGUCCACCAUUGUUGCUUCCAAUGACAACACUGGUGAGACAAGUCCACAUAAAGGGCUCAAACAAUCGGACGAGGGUCUACAAGAGAACAGAUCAACUGUUAGUACAGAGUCUGAGGCAUCCAAAUUGAAGAAAGUCACCAUUGUUGACGACAAUGAGAAAGUAAAAAAGAGGGCUGCCACGAUGGUCAAUAGCCCUACAACUCCUACCAACGAGCCAAAGAAAUCAAUGACAACGAUUCAGGACAAUGCAGGAACUUCCUCUCAAGAGGAUUUCAAAGAUUUUACUUCCGUAAAGAAACUAUCUUUCAUUGGCAGAAAGAACUUGAACUCCAAACAAAACUAUUCAAAGAAAGAUUUGGCGAGAACAGAAUUUGACGACCAAAUUGAGGACGAAUUGUUUGUGCUGCCCGGAAGGGGAGAGGUGCAUGUCCACACUGCUUUCAAAUCCAGCCUUUUUGUUUCACCCAAAACUAAGAAGGACCGAAUUGUUAUUUUAGCCCGAGACUUUGUUGGCGCCUUCUGUCUGUUCAUUGCAGGACAAGAUGGAAAAUCUAAGAAAAAUGUUAUUUUGAAUGCCCUACCGUUAAUUGACUUUUUUGAUAUAAAUGAUGAGAAAGAUUCCAAGUUUGUUCUCAUUAUUGACGGUGUAGAGCUAGUGCUUCAAGCACCUACUAUAAGUAAGGAACGUCUAAAGGUUGGAUUGGAAUUAGCCUAUAACGAAAUUGAAAGUAAAAAGGAAAUAGACUUGCAUUAUUACCGCCUUGCCUCUGUUGAGUUUGCCAACUCAUAUUACAAGCCAAUUACUGAAACUACCGGACCAGCAGUUGUAAAAUCCAUUAUUGAGGCCGAUCCAUUCGAAACUGUAGAUGAGAGCAUUCAAGAAACAACAGAUACAUUUGUUGUUAGUAAAUACGAGCAAGGCCUAAGAUACUUACACAUCGUCUCAAGAAACCCAUUCGAAAGAGAUGCGGCUUUACAAGAAGCUCUAUCAUAUAUUGAGAAAAACUUGAAGAAGAUGGACAAAACAACACUAGAGAAGUGUCUCCGCAUUUUGGAAAUAAUUUUCAAAAAUCCAACAACCACCGAAAAGCCUGAAUUGCGAAAUACUUUUCUUAAAUUGAUGCAUGAUAUUAAGCAAUCAAAGAAAAUUAACGAUGAGACAAUCGAUGAAACAAUCAAGUUGGGCAAUUUGUGCUUUAAAUCAAUUGAAUAUUGGAGAUCUAGAGCCAAACUCAAAGAAGUCCCAUUUGGUGAGGAUUUCCAACCUGUAUCACAAAAGUUAAAAGCGAAAAAAGAGGUUCAACAAGAAAAGCUGAUGCGAGAAUCGAUUAUUCAGAAAAAACUACCAUCAGGCGUUUUUUUAGGCGUACUGUUCUUUACUAGGAGUGGUGAAAUUUUGUCAGACCGUAACGAUAACUUGCCAUCUGUCAAAUUGGAAAGAUUAAUGUACCAUAUUGAAGCCGCAAAAAGGCUAGAUCAUCCCGAUUGGCAAUGGCUUAUGCGUCAAGGACAACACUCUUUCUCAAAGUCGAUCCUUGAACUUGCUCCUUCAUUAUCAAAUCCACAAGUUGUGAUGGAUGUCUUUAGAACCGAAUUUAUAAGAGGGUUUAACGACCUACAUAGGGCCAUUAAUCAAUCUACAAAACCCAGUACUGACCUUGGAGUACUGUUAGAUAAGGUUGUUACCAUGAAGGGCCAAAAUAUUUUGUACUACCUCAUGGUUAAGCAAGUCGAACAUGAAAAAUUUGAAGUUCCAAGCGGGUACAAGUGGGACAAUGCUGUAGACUUUGAAUAUAGACAAUAUCAAAAGUACGAAAAUUUAGAUGAUUCCUUUGUUAUUGACAAGUUAGAGAGUCAUUAUAACGGGUCAAGAUGGGUCAACAAUGCAAUAGACUAUUAUAGAUCAAUAACUUCUAAAACAUAUUCUGAAGGAUUGUGGAUGAGCUAUUUUAAUUUCAAACUAGAUCCCAAUGGCUCGUAUCAGCUUAUUGUUGAAGACAAAUGCAGAUUUAUGACUCCCUCUGUCAAAGUAGCAGACAAAUACGAUGCAAAAAAGCUCAAGGACUUGUUGACUGCAGGUGUUGACUCUAUUCGUUCUCUUGAAGGCGUUGUCACUGAAGAUACUCCAGAUUAUCAAUGUGACACCUUUGAAAAACAAAUGUUCAGGUCGCAACUUCAACUGAAAAAGAAGAUUGGAAAGGAUAGCUUGGGUCAGCUAUACAAGAAUGAGGUCAUUGAACUGAGUGACAAAACGAAACUUAUCAUUUUUAUUGAUACUGACACUAAUUUUAACAUUACCAACGACCUGUACAGGUUUUUAUGGAGAGAUGAAGUUUCGUUUGAAGCUCUUCACAUUGGAAUGUUCUAUCCUACUCUUCUAGACCAAUAUAUGAGCACCAUCCGCAAGCAAUUAUCUUUUGACAAUACAAUAUUCAAUGAUAGUUCCACAUCCACAGAUGAAUAUUUACGGAGAAAGAACGUGACUGAUAAUAGUAGGCUUAAAGAAAUGAUAAGAGCAGAAGAGGCGAUAUCCCUGAUACGAUGGCCCUAUCGUGUUAUAUCAUGCUAUUUGGCCACCGCUCAAUCAAAACAGCCAAUUGUAGAAAUUAUAUCCAAUGGUCGAACGUAUGCCAAGUUGAUUUACGACCACACUAUUGGAAAAAAGAAAGGUUUCAAAGAGUACAAGAGUGAGCUAUUCAAGACUCAAGACUCGCAAGAAGUUGAGGCAAAGAAACAGAAAUACCUUGUCAUGCAAAACAUGAAAAAUAAUGAGCAAGAAGACUUGGAGCGCUCAACAUGCUCCGUUUACGAUGUAGAAGUGAAUAUUGAAGAUGUUUGUGAAGUGGACCGGCUUGUGCUUGGACCAACCAAAGAAGAAUUGCUGCAAAUAAUGGUUGAAGAAGAAGUACAAUUGAACAUUAUCGAUCAUUUAGAUAGAAUGGAGUUGAAAGCAAUCAAAAACACAUUAGAUGACGUAAUUUCUAUUAUUGAGGUUACCACAGAUUUGGUUGAUUACGCUAUUUUUGAGGAACGACUUAGAGAGUCUAAACAAGCUCUCCAAGAUGAAAGAAUCGACUUUGUACAGUCACUUUUUUCUGGGGUUAAAGUUGAAAGAGAACAAGCAUCUCUAUUUAUUGACAUGGACGAGGCAACUUAUGAUCAUCUCUACAGGAGCUCCAUUCAAGUAUUUGAUGACUUGCUAACUCAAUCUUUUACACUGCUUUCAGCUAUUGAAAAAACGCAAACCAUGAUUGAUCUAGCAGAGACCAUGUACAUUCAUGACUUGAAUGUUGAAAAGCAACAAAAAGUGCUUCGAUCUAUCCAAAAAAUUCAGGACAAACAAAUUGAAAUGAAUACUGCUUCAAACUUUAACAAGAUUAACAGCCACCACAACAUACUUCAAAGAGCAACGAUCAACAUGGAUGAAGAGAAGCUUCGAAUUAUGCUCGAAGAAGAAGAGCGUCAGAGAAGCGAGAGUGUGGAAAAAAAGAUGAGAAAGUUUGUGAAACGAGCAAUGGGAUAUCAAUCAUUUUCUCUUCCAUACGGGCCAGGUGAUUUGAGCAUUCAGCCAAAACCAAAGCCUGUGACAAUGAAUCAACCUCAGACAAAACCAAGUACAUCCCCUUCAUCAGCAAACACUUUCAAAAAGAAGUCACAAUCCCAAACGCCAACCACAAACACUCUCGGCACAAACGCCUCCUUAAUUAAUAAGCUGAUUGAUCAAUCUAUUUCAACCUCAAAAGCAAAGUCCAUCCUUGCCAAGUUGAGACACGACCCUCGAUCAAGCAACGCAGCACAAAAGUAA